CUUUGAGUUUACCUUCAUAGAUAAAAGUUGAAAAUGUUUUGUCAAAAAUUUAUUCCACCCUUUUAAAACAUAUGAAAGAAACAAUAACACGGAUACCAAUAGCGACAUAUUGUAAAACUCUAAAGAAAAUGAAGAAAACUGGAGAACGUUGGAGAAAAAUGGCAGAGGUCGUUUAUGCCAUAUGCAUAAUUGACAUAGCGGAGGAUAUUGUGCUUGAUUUAGUUAUGAUCAAGGCUCUCCAAGAGGAAAAUAUCACCUAA